UUAACCUCCAGCUGAUUGUGUUUCGCUCACACCUGUAAAGCUUUAUUAUUAUUAUUAUUAUUAUUAUUUAUUCACUCAUUUAUAAGCCCUGAAUGAAUGCAGUUAGGAGUGUAGUACAUGAAUAAGCAGGUGAUGAAUAAAAGCAGGUCAGGUGUAUGUGUGUGUUUAUUAUGUGGGUUACCUGCAGCAGGUAAAUCCACCCUCACACACCUCAUCUCUGAUCACCUGCACAGUCAGGGCUACAAAACCUUCAUCAUCUCAUACGAUCAAUUAAUUCCAAAUCAUGUCUUUGAGUUCAGCACAUCAAAUGAAGGCGAAGAUUCAUCCAAAGAGUACGGCAUGUGGAAGCAGCACAGACAGGCCGUGUUGGAGUGUUUGGAUGGUUUCCUGCAGGAUCCCGGUGCUGUAGGACCUCACACACAUGCAGGAAUGAGUGUGUAUGAUGGGUUUAAACAAGAGAUGGAAAAACAGCAGAUCCUACAAGCAUUACAAAACACGGACGUGGAUCCACACCAUCUCGUCAUACUGCUCGACGAUAACUACUACUACCAGAGCAUGAGAUACCAGGUGUACCAGCUCGCCCGCAAACAUUUGGUGGGUUUUUGUCAGGUGUACCUGCGGUGCCCCGUCGACGUUUGUCUCCAUAGAAACCGCCUCCGAGGUCGACCCGUUUCAGAUGAUGUCAUCGUUCAGAUGUCUGAUCGCAUGGAGCCUCCAAACGUGGUGAAGAACCAAUGGGAGAGGAACAGCAUCACACUCGACAACACACAGCAUCUUACAGGCACACACAUAGAAAACCUGCUCCAUUUGAUUGGUUCAGCAGUUGAAAAUCCACUGAGCCCACUUCAGGAUGAUUCAAAAGAGAGGGAAGCAGAUCGGGAGCGGUGCGCCUCCAGUGUCGUGCACCAGGCGGACCAGGCCUGUAGGAGGCUCGUCUCACAGGCCAUGAUUACAGCCAGAGAGAAUAAACGAUCUGCUGAGGCGUUGAAGUCGUUAGCCAGAGAUCUGAGCGAGCAGAAGAGCACGUUCCUGCAGGAACUCAGAGGACACGUUCUCCACGAGCUGGUACCAAACGAGUGCGUGUGUGUGGAGAAGGUGGUGGACAUCGCAACCGCCACGUUCAAACACAGGACCGAUGCGGUGAUGGAGAGGUACGGCUGACUGCAGAUCCGGCUAAGGGUGAAGAAUUCCUUCAGUUGUGUUAGUGAAUAUAAAUAUAAAUUUUUGCUGCUAAUUUUAUUUGUAAUAUGUAAAUACAUAAAAAAAAAUAAAAGUAAUCGCCCCCGACUAAGCCGGAUGGGGUCUCUCUCUCAUGUCUGGUGCAAUUGCGACCUCUGCUGGCUGAUUGAUGGCGCCUGCACAGAGAUGAGAAAAGAGUGCCGUCACGGUGCGUCUCUCCGUACACAACGUUAAGCUGCACUGCACUCGUCAAAGUGUAGGUGAUAAGAUGCAUACGGCUGCUGCCCACGUGUCGGAGAGGGCGUAGGUUAGCUUCGUUCUCCUCGAUCAGAGCGGGGAUCGGCAUUGGUGGAGAGGAAGCGUGACGCAAUCUGGCAAUUGGACGCGCAAAAAACGCAUAAACAAAAUAUCAAAUAAAGAAAUAAAUACUCACACAUUG